AUGGUCGAUCCUAAACCCCAUUCGACUGCCACCUACUGUAAGAAACCCCGCAAGAGACCAUACAGAAAGUCUACGAAGGGAUGCAAGGACUGUAAAGCACGGAAGAUUAAGUGUGACGAAAGACGGCCGGUCUGUGGCAAUUGUACGCGGCGUUAUUUUGGCUUGUCUCAUUGCGAAUAUGUGUCAUAUGAGGAUGGAAGUCCCAGGUGCUUGACCGAGUCGGAUACUGCUUCGAGCCGUAGCCGUGGGGAGAUACUUCCUCUUCCAAGGUCGCUCAUAGUUACUCCAAGUGGGCUUGGUCACUCUGAUACGCUACAACUACGUCUCAUGUAUCACUACACUAAAUCAACAUGUGGGCGUCACAUUGUUAAUACGGUUCCGAUAUUACCCCUUUCCCUGUGGGAGGUAGAAAUUCCUCAAAUAGCCUUCUCAUCCGAACUCGUUCUCAACGCUUUGAUGGGAAUUUCGGCGCUGCAUCUCCUGUCCAUGAACCCCCAAGACCACACUUUGGCUUUGGUUUCGGGACAGUAUUUAGGCAAAGCCCUUAAGGAGCACCGGGCUGCGGUGGAAACCAUGAAUUUGCGAAAUCCCGAAGAGUUGAUUAUUGCUGCCGUUUUGAUAGCCCAUCACCAUUGGCUUUCUGCGUCCACAAAUAUGCAUCAAGAGCCGUACAUGAUCGAUAUGGGCACCAUCGACAAUCAAAUCGAAUAUUUACCUUUUCCACGCUUUCUAGAGAGUGCAUCGGCUGAUCUUGGUUCUCUCCUGCAAACAUUGGAGGAAGACUCCGCCAGUCAGGAGGUAAAAGAUGUGUACGAACGAGUCGCAGGGUUUCUCAAGGCGACAUAUUCUCGAAUUGCUCAUGGCUCGUUUGGGAAUCCGCCUAUUGAGCAAGACAUCACGGCCUUCUUACCACACGCACCACAGCUUUUCAUCAAGCACCUGGAGAAGAACGAACCAUUAGCUAUGGCUAUGCUCGCGCGGGAUAUCGCAUUACUCGGUAUUCUGCCGGAUUCUGGUGCUUGGUGGAUUCAUGGAGCUGGGCAACACAAGAUGGCGGACACAACAGUCAACGGCAUUUGUGGAUUGAUGCCACCGGAAUAUUUGUGGAUGAUGGAUUGGCCUCUCGGAAUCAUCUCUGGGGAGAUUACACUCGAAAAUUAGGAAAGGCCACUUAACCGCUACUGAUUCGAGCCAAGAGAUCCGGUGCUCGAACCAUGUUGACGAUUGCAAAGAGGGUGGGAGCAGAAACGAUAAAAUUCAGCAUUAUUGGUCAAAAGAGGCUUCAUCUUCGAGCUAUUUUCUGCGCUCCAGCUCUGAGACACUUCCCGGUCCCGGAAUAAUAAAUCAGUCUACAAAUAAUUCUUAAGCUUCGGCAAUGCCAAGUCAAAAACGUCUUCUGGAUCGUACUCUCCCUUCAAAUUCC